ACUUCUACGCAGGCGCAGUGAGCACAGGUUCUGAGUGGCGCAUGCGUGGGGUUGUGCGAGCAGCGACGCCAUGGACGACGAGGAGGAGACGUAUCGACUCUGGAAAAUCCGCAAGACCAUCAUGCAAUUGUGCCAUGACCGUGGCUACCUGGUGACCCAGGAUGAAUUGGAUCAGACAUUGGAGGAGUUCAAAGCCCAGUUUGGGGACAAGCCGAGUGAAGGGCGUCCACGGCGCACUGACCUCACUGUGCUGGUGGCUCACAACGAUGACCCUACAGACCAGAUGUUUGUCUUCUUUCCAGAGGAGCCCAAGGUGGGCAUCAAGACCAUCAAGGUGUACUGCCAGCGCAUGCAGGAAGAGAACAUCACCCGCGCGCUCAUCGUGGUGCAGCAGGGCAUGACACCUUCUGCCAAGCAGUCUCUGGUGGACAUGGCGCCCAAGUACAUCCUAGAGCAGUUUUUGCAGCAGGAGCUGCUGAUCAACAUCACGGAGCACGAGCAGCUGGUCCCAGAGCACGUUGUCAUGACCAAGGAGGAGGUGACGGAGCUGCUGGCCCGAUAUAAACUCCGGGAGAACCAGUUGCCCCGCAUCCAGGCAGGGGACCCUGUGGCCCGCUACUUUGGGAUAAAGCGAGGACAGGUGGUGAAAAUCAUCAGGCCCAGCGAGACGGCAGGCAGGUACAUCACUUACCGGCUGGUGCAGUAGCCAUGGAGUAAGCGGGUCGGCCUGGCUCACAUGGCUGUCGCCUCCCUUCUAGCAGCCCCUGCAGAUGGAUAGAUGGACGUGGUCUCGUUUGUCUCCUGUGGAGACUGCCGCAGCCUCCUUGCUGCUACACCUCUGGACACCCCAGGACAGCAGCCACUGCCUCGGUUUACCUUAUCUGGAUGAAGAUUUCAGUGGCUGCAUCUGGCUGAGGCCUCAGAAAGGACAUGGUGCUGUCCGAGGAGGCCACUUGGGGGCAGCUGUGUGAGUCCUCGUGCUCGGGCAGCCUGGCUCUAACAGGGCUUCCUCUCCCCGUGGCCCUGACAUGCCGCUGCCUGUUCUACUCAUGGUCCCUGGCGUGGGCUGCCCAUGUGCGCCUGUGGCCUGUCCCCACCCAGCCUCCUGCACUGUGACUCUGUCCCUGCACACACAUUGUAGUCAGCAGGGUACAAGGUCACAGCUUGAUCGAGUUCUGAGUUGAAUAGAGCAUUGCGUGUUCUAAAAAUUACGGCUAUUUUGAAUAAAAUAAACUUGUCUGGAACACCAA